GAAACCCUAUCUUCCUUCCCUACCCUCCUCUGCCCUAGGGCUGAUAACCCCUUAUCUCCCCCAGCCAGGAGGAGGCGAGGGUGGGGGAACAGGAGAGGGCCAGACUAUUAUCGAGGGAGGACCAGGCCAGGCUUGGGAUGCCCUGGCUGACGGAGCAGUGGUGAUGGACUCUUUCCUCUGGACGGGCCCUCUUACAUGUCUUGGGAAGAAAGAAAGGUUUCGAUCCAGGAAGUGAGAGGCCGAAGGAGGGAGGGAAGAGAACUGGGCGUCCUGGCUCCUUCCUUGAGCCUAGAAGAGGUUUUGGGGGGUGAGGAGCAUCGGAGGAGGGAAGGUCUCUCCGGAAACAAAGGAUAGGCUCUAAGCAGGCAGACGGUCCUACGAUAGGAAGGACUCCUCAGCUCACGGAGCCUGCUGGUCAAGAAGGACGCCGGAGAGUUAGGAGAGGAUUGCUCGGGCGACCUUGGCUUGGGGGGAGCCUUUCCUGGCUCGGGGCCUGCUAGGAUGCCCCCGUGCCCUCCCCAGCAGAGCAGAAACCGGGCGACGCUGCUCGCGGCCCCCGAGCUGGGAGAGAUGGAGCUCACCUGGCAGGAGAUCAUGUCCAUCACGGAGCUGCAGGGCCUUGAUAUCCCAAAUGAGCCACCCUUUGAGUCCCCAGUGCCGUACUCUGGGCCAGCGCCACCCCCUGCUUACGGACCUUGCCCAAUUCUCCCCGACACCGGCAGCCACCUCCCCUCCCCUUAUGAGGGUCUCUACCAGGACUUCCCCCCUCCCUCAGCCUUGGUUCCCGACUCUCCCUAUGCAUAUGGCGGCCUGGCCCUUCCUGUUUCCAAGCCCAUGACCCUCUCGGGACUUCUCAGCGACCCUCUCCCCAAAUCCCUGUCCCUGCUGGACAUGGGACUGCCUGUGGGACCCAUCAAAGCCCAAGAGGAUCCUGAAUCGGACUCUGGUUUAUCCCUCAACUAUAGCGAUGCAGAAUCCCUGGAGAUGGAGGGAAUGGAGGCAGGGAGGCCGAGAAGAGAGUAUGUGGAGAUGUUCCCUGUGGAGCAGCCCUACCCACUCAUGCCUGCCUCUCUAGUCCAUUCCAACUAUGCCAUGCCGCCUCCUGAUCCUCAUUUGACUUUUGAGCCCGCCCCGUUGUGCCCUGGAAGAGCCAAGCCCUCGGGGCGAGGGGAGACGGGAAGCAGGGAUGAGCGCAGGGCUCUGGCCAUGAAGAUCCCCUUCCCCACCGAGAAGAUCGUCAACUUACCCGUGGAUGACUUUAACGAGCUGGUCGCCAGGUAUCCACUGAGCGAGAGCCAGCUGGCCCUGGUCAGGGACAUCAGGCGGCGGGGCAAGAACAAGGUGGCCGCCCAGAACUGUCGGAAAAGGAAGCUGGAGACCAUCGUGCAGUUAGAACGAGAAUUGGAGAGGCUGGGCAAUGAGCGGGAACGGCUGCUCAGGGCCCGAGGGGAGGCCAACCGGACCCUGGGGGCCAUGCGCCAGCAGCUGGCAGAGCUGUACCGAGACGUGUUCCGCAGGCUUCACGACGAGGCUGGCAACGGCUACUCCCCAGAAGAGUACGCCUUGCAACAGGCCACCGACGGGGCCAUCUUCCUGGUGCCCAGGGGAGUCAAGCUGGAGUCGUCAGACUGACGGGGGAGAGAAAUGAGGAGGGAAAGAAAGGGGAAGGAGUCAGGGAUGCGCUUCCUUCUUCCCCUUGCCUGGACUGUCUCCUAAUGGUGCUCCUCGGUGGUGAGUGGAUGUGCAGGGCUCAGGAAGAAGGGCAUCUUUGGGGAAAUGAAGCCUGGAGGUGACCCAAGGAACAGGACUCCAGGGGGCCCUGUGGGAAGCCUGCCUCCCUCCUGGGCUCUCCUUUCCCUUCCGUCUCCAAGGACGUAUCCUAAGCUUUGACAGAUAAAGUAUGAUACAGAAAACUUGAUUUGGUUCUCUUUCACGUGUCCAAUUUGGGCCUCCACAGAUGUCCCCGAGCUGUUGGGGUAAGGGUGGCGGGACUGGGCAGGGCAUGAAUGGAGAAGAUCCUGGCUAGGUCUUGCUUCUAUAGCCCAAUAACAG